UAAACACCGGCUUUUUGUAAUAUAACCUGCAUCAAUAUUUUAUCUUCCAAAUUCCGCUUUAAAAACCAAGGAAGGAGCCCCAGUUCAAAAGUCAUCAGAUCGAACCGCAUACAAUAGAUAUAGGCUCAACAUUCAACAGUUAUGACGACCACCACCUUCUUGCUAAAUCUAACGGUGAUGGCAGUCCUCAUCACCACAGUCGCAUCACAACAAUAUACCAAUCACACCGUCGGUAGCUCCAUGGGCUGGUUAUUCGACGCCAAAAACAACAUCUCUGCCACUAAUUACUCCUCGUGGGCCUCCAACCAAACCUUCAACCUCGGAGACUAUCUCAUUUUCAACACGACCACCAACCAGACCGUGAUCCUAACAUACAAUGACACCACAUUUAAUAAUUGCACUACCGACGAUGCAUCAGAUGAUGAUACCUUCCAGUUCAGCGGUGGUAACAGUGAGUUCGGUAAAUCGUUGACAAUUGCAGUUCCGUUGACCGUUGUGGGUCCCAACUUCUUCUUCUCGGACGCUGAAGAUGGCAUCCAGUGCCAGCGUGGCAUGGCAUUCCAGAUCCUCGUCAAUCAUGGCCUGGGCUUGCCUCCUAGCCUCAAUCAACCGCCUCCACCACCUUACGUCGCCCCGCCUAGCCCCGACACUGCUCAGUCGCCGCCGGUUACAAUCGCCGGUGGGUCACCGUCCCUGGACAAUGGUGCAUCAAGUAGGCUUAUUAAUCUGCGCUUUUUGUUGCCUUCGUUACUACUCUGUCUUGCGAGUGUUCUAGUGUGAAACCGGAUUGGUAUUUUUGAAUUAAGUGAGGGCAGUUUGGACUUUGGAUAUUGUGGCCAUGUCUGAAAGUCAAUAAUAUAGGGGCUAUUUUUGAGAUUACAGACGUUUUGGUUGGGAUAUGUUUGGAUAUAGGAUUAGGGUGAGCU